GAAGUGACACAACUCGAACGCUGCACGCUGGAAAAUGGAAACCGGGUGAAACAACGUGGAUAGCGAACUAUUUAAUAAAUAAGAAUCGAGAAAGCGUUAUUGUCCUAAGAUUUGUUCCGUCUGGAUUUAACAAGGCGAAUAAUCAGCACGAUUCAAAGAUGGGGAAGGCACCACAGAAGAAGAAGAGCCUCGCUGACAAAGUCCGCAAAACCAAGACAUCCUCUGUGAUUAAAAACAACCCAUUUGAGGUGAAGAUCAACCGGAAGAAGUUUGAUGUUCUUGGAAGAAAAGGCAAACAUGAUGUGGGUCUCCCGGGGGUGUCUCGGUCCAAAGCCAUCAAUAAGAGGAAAGAGACUCUGCUGAAGGAAUACAAACAGAAAAACAAGUCCAACAAAUUCAUUGACCGACGACUUGGAGAGUAUGAUGCUAAGAUGGCGCCUGAAGACAAAAUCCUACAGAGGUUUGCCAUAGAAAGGAAGCGUUUCCAUGAAAAGAAGGAUGUUUACAACCUGAACGAGGAGGAAGAGCUGACUCAUUACGGCCAGUCCUUGGCCGAAAUAGAGAAAUUCAAUGACGCUGUGAAUAGCGAUGAUGAGUCAGAAGAGAAAGGAUUGUUAUCAGCUGAACUGACUGCCUCGCAUUUCGGAGGGGGCGGGGGCCUCCUCAGGAAGAAAGCGUCAGGGGAUCAGCAGGAAGAGCAGGGGAGCCUGAAAGCCAAGUCCAGACAGGAGCUGAUUGAAGAGCUCAUCCAGAAGUCCAAGCUGGAGAAGAGAGAACGGCAGGUGCAGAGAGAGGAAACACAGGAGAUGACUGAAAAGCUGGAUCAGGAGUGGAGAAGCAUCCAGGCUCUGAUGGUGAAAAACAUACCCAAAUCUGAACGAGAAGACAAACCAGAGGAGAAACCGAAGAUGGAGGAAUAUGACAUGAUGGUCCGGGAGCUCGGCUUCGAGAUGAAGGCUCAGCCAUCAGAGAGGAUGAAGUCUCCAGAGGAGCUGGCCAAGGAGGAGAAGGAGAAGCUGCAGAAACUGGAGGCUGACCGUCUGAGGAGGAUGAUGGGAGAUGAAGUCAGGGAUAACACACAGAGGCAAAUCCACAUGUCAGCUGAUGACCUCAAUGACGGCUUCGUUCUUGACAAACUUGACAAGAAGUCCCUGUCCUAUCAGGAUGGAAAAUGGAACCUUGGGGAGGAGGUGGAGGAGGUCCAGGAACGAGAUGGAGAAAAGAGAGAGAGCGGAGAGGAAGAGGAGUCGGAUGCAGAGGAGGAAAAUGACGAUGAAGAAGAGGAGGAUGACGAUGAAAAGGAAGAAGAGGAGGAGGACAGCAGUGAAGAAGAAGAUGGCCACUCAGACCUGGAAUCUGAUCAAGAAAGCGAGAACGAGGAGAGAAACCAGGAGGAUGAAGAGCCUGACAGCACCAAACCCAUGCAGGUUCUGACCACAGAGGAGCUGAAGGCCCAGCAGGACGCAGCUAAAGCAGAGCUCCCGUACACGUUUACUGCCCCUGAGAGCUACGAUGAUCUGAAAGGUUUACUUCAUGGUCACACCCCUGACAACCAGCGCCUCAUUGUGGCCAGGACUCAGAAGUGCAACCAUCCCAGUCUGUCUGUGGGCAAUAAGCUCAAACUGCAGAAACUUUUUGGCUUUCUGUUGGAGUACAUCGGCGAAGUCGCUACCAGAAGUCCACCUGAACUCACCACCAUAGAUAAACUCAUUCCGGAGUUGUACAGUUUGUGCCAGGUGUUUCCAGAAGCGGCCUCUCAGGCCAUGCAAAGCAUCCUGGGAGAUGCUGCUCACAGCAUGGAGGAGGAUCUUGAGGUCAAAGGUCGUGCUGCUUUCCCCACAUUAGACAUGCUCAUUUACCUGAAGGUGACAGCGCUGCUGUUUCCUACCUCCGACUUCAGACACCCAGUCACGACUCCAGCUCUGCUUUACAUCGGCCAGACUCUCACCAAGUGUCCUGUGAGGUCGUUACAGGACUUGACAUCGGGUUUAGUGCUGUGCUGUCUGGCAGUGGAGUACGUCUCGUUAUCAAAGCGCUUCCUGCCCGAGCUCAUCAACUUCCUGACUGGAGCACUUCACCUGGCCGUGCAGGACAAGGCUGCUCUCGGUUACAGUGUGGUGCCACCCUUCAGACUGUCAGGCAAGUACAGCAACCUGCUGGUGCUGUCGUCCUCCGAAUCCUGCAGAAACUGGAGCAGGAAAAGCCUGCCGCUGUCUGCCACCCAGCACCUUGAUCUCAGAAGUGACCUGGACAGAGAUCACUACAGGUAG